GCACAGAAUUUUUGGUCGCGACAUUGCUCAGUGCUCAACUUGACGUCGUGCUGUGAAAAAGUCGUACCGAAAAUAUCCGGCAAUAUCUGUGACAGCGCUCAUCCACCCACCGUCCGCCAUCUGCUCGGACUCCAGGUUUGCGGCCCGUACGUAUGCGGAAUUGCCGCCGGUUGUAAAACAGAAGAGCAAACAAUUUUUGCAUAAUAUGUAAAGCAAAUAUAAAUACAACAAAACACAAACAAAAAAAAAAAAACACCAUCAAAACAAACAACAACAAGCAAAGCAUAGUGAAAAUUAAUCAACUAUUUAGUGUUAUCAUAAAAGUAAAAAAAAGAAUUUGAAAAAAAAUAAACAAACAAACAACAACAGCGCAACCACAAAAAUAAAUGCAGCGAAUAGCGAUUUGUCGCCUCUUUUCUCAAUUCCCAAUUCACAUUUGCCAGCAAUAAAUAGUCGCAGUCAGCGCGUCGCUCAGUUGCGUGUUAUCAGGCAGGCAGACAAUAAUAACAACAAUAAUAAAUACAAAAAGAAAAAAAAGAAUAAAAAGUAGCAAUAACAGUGACAGUGAGAGAGACACGUUCAAAUACUCGUAUACUUAAUAAAAAGCAAAAGUAAAUCGAGGCGAAAUGUAACUGCAUUUGAAUUGGACGCCGACGUCAAAGCAAACGCACAUACGGCUUAAAUUAAGUCAACUUGAGACGACUUGAGUCGAAGCGCCAAAUCAAACAAAAAUGAGCUGUUAAACGACUGUCAAGGAUUAAAGUGAAUAUUCGAAGCAACAAAGCAACAGAAGAGAGACGAACGUGCAAGAGCGAAAAUCUAAAGGCUAACAAAACGGUCACAUAAAUAGGCAAAGCUGAAGAUGAGACACACCCAUUGGCAUUGGAGGGAGCAGUCAAAGCAUCAAAGCCAGCCUCAUCAAUUACCCUUUCCAGCAGGUAUCUGCACGUCGUUGCCCAUUAGGAGCUAAGCCAUCAAAGCAACAGGCAACAGGUAACAGGCAAUAGCAACAGGUCGUCACAAAAGUGGGCGUAUACGUGACUUAAUCAGCACACGCAGCAGGCGCUCGAGACAAGGAGCUUAACUCAAGAGUCACCCACUAACAAGAUGAGGUCGAGUGUGUGAGUUACAAAGAUAUACAAUGAAUAUUUGUAGAUGUCCAGCAUUGCAACGAAUUUCAAUUCAAAUACAAAUACAAAUCGAUUAAGCAUCAUGACGGAUGUUUCAUCGCCAGCUGCUGGCUCCGGUUCCGGCGCCGGCGCCUGUGAACGUACACGCACAACGCCAGAGGCGCCAGCUGAGUCUGCGUCGACAUCCACCAAACCGCUAACCAAUGGUGCCAAAAAGGCGCCACAAUCUGCAAUGGCAACGGCAACAGCAGCAGCAGCAGCAACAACGGCAACAACAGCAAUGGCAAUGGCAACAACUGCAACCACAAGCAAUCAAGCCAAAUUGAAGCGUCAUUUGCAGAGCAACAACAAUCCACACACAGCCGCAGAAACGUUGACGGCGCCAAAGGUAUCCGCUGACAACGACACGAGCACAGCCUCAACAUCUUCAACGGCCGCCAAGUGCAGCGGCAACAAUAGCAGUGGCAAGUCUGCGGCAACACAGCAGGAUGUCGACGAGGUGGCACGCCUCUUUGAGGAGAAGCCCGAAGCCUUUGAGAAAUGGCUAACGGAACGUGCCCCGCCCGAGGCGCUCAGUCGUCUACAUGAAUUCAUUGAAAGUCACAAGUCGCACAACAAACGUCCCUCAGUCACAUCGGAUUUAUUUCAGCAGUGGAUGGCCUCGCCCAUAGUGCAGCAGAAAUCACCGCGCAGUCUAUCGAGUUCAUCGGUUCAAGCGCUGCCCGAAAGUCGACGCCAUUUGAUGGACCUGGACGAGGGAGAGCUCUUCAUGGAGCUGAUACGUGAUGUGGCCAAUGAGCUGGACAUUGAUGUCCUUUGCCACAAGAUAUUGGUCAAUGUUGGACUGUUAACCCAUGCGGAUCGUGGCUCUCUCUUUCUGGCCAAGGGCACGCCCAACAACAAGUAUCUCGUGGCCAAACUCUUUGACGUUACACAAAAGACUGCACUCAAAGAUGCGGUAACGCGGGCACGAGCCGAGGAGAUAAUCAUUCCAUUUGGCAUUGGCAUUGCUGGCAUGGUGGCACAGACAAAGGAGAUGAUUAACAUCAAGGAGGCAUACCAGGAUGCGCGAUUCAAUUGCGAAAUCGAUCUGAAGACUGGCUACAAGACCAACGCCAUAUUAUGCAUGCCGAUUUGCAAUUACGAGGGCGACAUCAUAGGCGUGGCACAAAUCAUCAAUAAAACGAAUGGCUGCAUGGAGUUUGAUGAGCACGAUGUGGAAAUCUUUCGCAGAUAUUUGACAUUCUGCGGCAUUGGCAUACAGAAUGCUCAGCUCUUUGAAAUGUCCGUCCAGGAGUACAGGCGCAAUCAAAUCCUUUUGAAUUUGGCGCGCAGCAUCUUCGAGGAGCAAAACAAUCUCGAGUGCCUUGUCACCAAAAUCAUGACCGAGGCAAGGGAGCUGCUCAAAUGUGAACGCUGCUCGGUGUUUUUAGUCGAUUUGGAUUGCUGUGAGGAGAGCCAUUUGGAGAAGAUAAUCGAGAAGCCUCAUCAGCUGGAACAGCGCGCCAGUCGUGCCAUUAAAGGCGGCGAUAGCUUUGAGGAAAAGCAAAAGAUGAGGAAUCGCUUUACGGUCCUCUUUGAAUUGGGCGGCGAGUCUCAGGCGGCGAAUGUUUCGAGACCCUCCAUAAAUGAUCUGAGCACCUCGACGCUGGCACAGAUAGCACAAUUUGUGGCCACCACCGGACAGACGGUGAACAUAUGCGAUGUCCAUGAGUGGGUCAGGGAUCACAAUCAAAUCCGUGCGGAGAGUGAGAUCGAUAGCACCCAUGCCAUACUCUGUAUGCCGAUUGUGAAUGCCCAGAAGACGGUGAUUGGUGUCGCGCAAUUGAUUAACAAGGCGAACGGAUUGCCCUUCACCGAAUCGGAUGCCUCCAUCUUUGAGGCCUUUGCCAUAUUCUGUGGACUGGGUAUACACAACACCCAGAUGUAUGAGAAUGCCUGCAAGCUGAUGGCCAAACAGAAGGUGGCCCUGGAGUGUCUCAGCUAUCAUGCCACGGCCGGACAGGAUCAGACGGAGAAGCUCACCCAGGAUGUGAUUGCCGAGGCCGAGUCGUACAAUUUGUACAGUUUUACAUUUACAGAUUUUGAUUUGGUGGAUGAUGACACUUGUCGUGCUGUUCUUCGCAUGUUCAUGCAAUGCAAUCUUGUCUCACAGUUUCAUAUUCCCUAUGAUGUGCUCUGUCGCUGGGUGUUGAGUGUGCGCAAGAAUUAUCGUCCUGUUAAGUAUCACAACUGGCGGCAUGCUCUCAACGUGGCCCAGACCAUGUUUGCCAUGCUUAAGACUGGCAAAAUGGAGCGUUUUAUGACGGAUCUGGAAAUACUCGGCCUGCUGGUGGCCUGUUUGUGCCACGAUCUCGAUCAUCGUGGCACCAACAAUGCCUUCCAGACCAAAACAGAGUCACCAUUGGCUAUACUCUACACCACCAGCACCAUGGAGCAUCAUCAUUUCGAUCAGUGUGUGAUGAUACUCAACUCCGAGGGCAACAAUAUAUUUCAGGCACUUUCCACGGAAGACUAUCGCUCCGUGAUGAAGACUGUGGAAAGCGCUAUACUCUCCACCGAUUUGGCCAUGUAUUUUAAGAAGCGCAACGCAUUCCUCGAGUUGGUUGAGAACGGCGAAUUCGAUUGGCAAGGCGAGGAGAAGAAAGAUUUGCUGUGUGGCAUGAUGAUGACAGCCUGCGAUGUCAGCGCCAUUGCCAAGCCGUGGGAGGUGCAACAUAAGGUUGCCAAACUGGUUGCAGAUGAGUUCUUCGAUCAAGGUGAUCUGGAGAAGCUGCAGCUUAACACACAGCCCGUGGCCAUGAUGGAUAGGGAACGCAAGGACGAGCUGCCCAAAAUGCAGGUGGGUUUCAUAGAUGUCAUCUGUCUGCCGUUGUAUCGAGUUCUGUGCGACACUUUUCCUUGGAUCACGCCAUUGUACGAGGGCACGCUGGAGAAUCGCCGCAAUUGGCAGGACUUGGCGGAGAAAGUGGAAAUGGGCUUGACCUGGAUCGAUCAUGAUACGAUCGACAAGCCAGUGGAAGAGUUUGCCGGCUGUGCCGAUGAGGAGAUCAAGGACAUUGAGUUCACGGUGACAACCCUCAACUGCAAUCAGCAGUCACAGCAUGGCGCUGACGACAGCCACACGCCGGAGCAUCAACGCAGUGGUUCACGGCUGAGCAUCAAGAAGACCGGAGCGCUGGGCAAAGUGGUGCGCUCGAAGCUAUCAAAGACGCUGUACAACAGCAUGGAUGGAUCAAAGCCAAAGACAUCGCUUAAAUUGCUCGAGUCGCAUGUCAGCGAGGAUAUGGACGACAAGAGUCCAACGAGUCCAUCACAACCACAAGCGGGCAGCAUGGGACGCAUGUCGGCAUCCUCGUCCACCUCCUCAGCCGGCACCGUUGACAAGACCAAAAAGCGAUCCAAGCUGUGUGCGCUUUUAUGACGAAAACCGUCAAAUUAGAGUUUGGUGACCCCCUCCAAUGCUGCUGGCAGUGAGACUGACAAGAGCGGAGGGGGGAUGACCGACUUCUAAUUAUGUGUAAUUCGGCUUAAUUAAACCGAAUGUUAGCCCAACAAAUCCUACAUUUAAGAUACCUAUCGUAUCUAAAUACAAAUACUUUAUGUGUAGUUCAACUUGAAGCGUGAAAUCAUUUAUGUUGCUGUUUAUGGGCUGUUGCUCUACGUGUAAAUGACUAUUAGUAGAGAAUACACACACACACACACACCUAAACACACACACACCCAAACAGCAAAUAGAAAUUGCAAUAUUAUAUCUAAGUGAAUGUCAAAUCAUGUGAUCUAUUUAAGGUCCUGAAGGUCGAAGCGCGUGCGCAAGCGUGUUGAACCUUUUGGUAAAAACUCUCUCUCUUUGAAUCUGAACUUACCUCUAAGCUCUUGCAAAACCAAAAGAUACCAAACUAUGUAUGUAUCUAUACAAAAAGAUGUGCUAAGUAGUUUUCUUGUAACCGAAACAUGCUAGUCAAAAGACAUAAAUUAUAAUUCAAAUAUCUGUAGUCAUAUUUAAGCUAAAAUUCGUGAGGCUAUGGCACAUUUAUCCGUUAUUCCUUUUGAGGUUGAUGUACCCCAAAAAAAACUAUCACAUCUAGUCCGCAUGUGAUAACUAUACACGUGUUGUACGAGUACUCGUAAUACUAUUGUAACUUUUCAAGAAAUCUAGAUGGCAUACCCAAUAAAUAAAAAUAUAUACCUAUUUUAGCAAGACAUACUCGAAGAACUUGUUUGGUUACAACAAGAAUUUGUGAAAUAUUUAAACUAUAGCAAUAUUAUAUGAUAUUUUUAGAAUAGCUAAAGUAAAUACCCGUUUAUCAAAAGACACUACGAAUGCAGCACAAUAUUGAAAUAUUUUAGCCAAUUAGAUGUAAAACGCACAUCACAAAAUAAAAACUAACUAUAUUUAAUCCAAACUAAGUGAAAAUUGUUAAAAUAUUCAAAUAACAAUAAAGUGUGGUGUGAAUUUUGUCAAUUUUUGAAUUCAACUCAAAUCUAUGUGCAUAAAUGGCAAAUACUUA